AUGGAGCUGGGCCACCGAGCAGGUACAACCACUCUGACCAGGGCCCAUCCAAACAACAAGAAGGAAGGCCAGCAGGACACGGACCCCUGGAGAGCUGCCCAUAGCCCUUUGGAUACCUCCAAGCUCAAGUACCAGGCCCCAGUCUCCCCAAAGCCAUCCCUGUACCGAGGAGACAGCCCCCGAGGCAGCUCCCUACAGCGGGCCUCCCUGGAGGAGAUCCCGCCUCCACCCCCUUCAGCUGUCAGCCGGCGAUCCCCCUGGAGGGACUCAGACCCGGAAUCCCUGAAGAAGGGGAGCUUCAGACCCUCCUCGAGGGAGAGCAGGGCUUCCUUACGAGAAGGGGCUCAGCCAUGCCAGGUGCUGAAGGAAGACCCCGACUCUGGGGCCCAGGGCCAGAGCGGCAGCAGCAUUCCCAACAACAUUCGUCACAAGUUUGGGAGCAACGUGGUGGACCAGCUGGUCUCUGAAGAGCAGGCUCGAAAGGCCAUCGGGGAAGCCUUGGAGGGCCAGAAGAGGGCAAGCUCAUGGCCCAGCAGGAUCCAGAGCCCCACGGAAAUUACCUCCAUCUUUUCAGACUACUAUGAUCUGGGCUACAACAUGCGUUCAAACUUGUUUCAAGGGGCCCCACAGGAGACGAAGAGCCUCAUGAAGGCUUCCUACACCCCCGAGGUGAUUGAGAGAUCGGUGAGGGACUUGGAGCACUGGCAUGGCAGGAAGACGGAUGAUCUGGGACGGUGGCACCAGAAAAAUGCAAUGAACAUGAACUUGCAGAAAGCACUGGAUGAGAAAGAAAAGAGCAAAAACAAGAACUCAAAGUAG